UUUUGAGCUCACAACAUCCCCAACCUCGCCAUUGCGAAUCCACCCAACUUUUCCACACACUUUCCAUUGAAUCUGCAUCGCACACAAUGGCUCGUGUUGCAGCCCCCCGCGCCGCGAGCGCAAAGCCUGUCGAGACGAAAGACGCCAAAGUAAACGGCACGGCUGCACGGCCAAGCCGCGCAAAGAAGCCCGAGAGCGCGCCUGCUGCUGCGCCCGCUACAAAUGGCACAGCUAAAGAGCCUGCCAAGCGGAUUGCACGCGGUCGCGCAAAGGAGCCCGAGCCCAUCCUCUCUGAGCCCGAGCCCGAGUCCGAGUCGGAGCCCGAGCCCGCGCCGAAGAAGACGACGACGAAGCGCAAGAAGGACGAGUCGAGCGAGCCUGAAGCCGACACGGCGCCCGCGAAGAAGGCCAAGGUCGACAAGCCAAAGGCCGCGCUGAAGAAGCCCAAGGCCGCCAAAGUCGUCAAGGAGCCGUCGAAGCCGCUGCCCAAGGGCCCGCGUCGCAUGAAGGGCAAGAAGAACGAAAUCAACGCGAUCCAGUUCACCGAGCCGUUGAAGGUCUUCGUCUUCGGCGAGGGCAGCUCCGGCGAGCUUGGCUUUGGCGCGACCAAGAAGGCCAUCGACGUGAAGCGACCGCGUUUCAACGAGGCCCUCAGCAACCACAAUGUCGUCAGGAUCGCGACAGGCGGCAUGCACGUCGUCGCGCUGACCAAGGACAACAAGAUCCUGACCUGGGGUGUCAACGACAACGGCGCCCUGGGACGCGACACAUCGCACGUCGAAGCCAAGAUGCGCGACCUUGACGCCGACGAAUCCGACUCUGACUCGGAAGACGAGACUGGCGGCCUGAACGACGCCGAGGCCACGCCCACAGCCGUGUCGUCAGAGUACUUCCCCGAGGACACAGUCUUUGUCGACAUCGCUGCUGGCGACAGCUGCUCCUUUGCCCUCACCACCGAGGGAGCCAUUUACGGCUGGGGGACCUUCCGCAAAAACGAGGGCAUUCUCGGUUUCGAACGCGGCAGCCACACCGCGCGCUUCCCUGUCUACAUCGAGGGUGUGACCAAGGUUACUCAAAUUGCCUGUGGUACCAACCACGUCCUUGCCUUGGACAAGGACAGGCACGUCUAUGCGUGGGGCAACGGCCAGCAGAACCAGCUUGGUCGUCGCGUCACCGAACGUACACUCACAGAGUCACUGCAGCCCAACCGUGUUGGCUUCCACGACAGCUCCUUCAAACGCCCAAGCCAGCGCAUUGCGCAAAUCGCUUGUGGAGACUACCACGGCCUCGCCAUCGCCGAGGACGGCCACAUCUGGGCUUGGGGCGCAAAUAACUACUGCGAGACGGGUUAUGCUGAGAAUGCAGGCGCAGACGAUGCCAGUGUCCUAGCCCCAAGGAUCAUCCAGAGCCUCGAAGGCAAGAACAUCGAGACCAUAUCAGGAGGCUCGCAUCACAACAUUGCUAUUACCAAGGACGGGCAAGUUCUGGUCUGGGGUCGCUGUGAUGGCUCGCAGACUGGUAUCCCAGCUUCGCAGUUGGACGCCCAGGAGGAUGGGGAGAAAGUGUUGAAGAACAACGGCAAGCCCAAGAUCCUGAUCGAGCCCACGCCCAUCCCCAGUCUCAAGAACAUCGUUGCCGGCUCAUGCGGGCCCGAACACACCAUCGUCGUCGACAAGGAUGGCAAGGCGUACUCAUGGGGCUUCUCGGCAAACUACCAGACCGGCCAGGGUACCGACGAUGAUAUCGAUGAGCCCACCGCGAUCGACAACACCGCCGUACGCGAGACGAAGCUUGUAUGGGCUGGUUGCGGCGGCCAGUACUCCAUCGUAGCGUCGAAGAAGGAGUAAAGGUGCCAGGAAAUGUCAGACACUGGUAUUAGGUAAUACACGUUCUGUGCCCCUGCACCGACUUACACCAGCAACAAAUUGCACACGUUCUAUCUAUCGGAGAUUUAGUCAUUGUUACGCCCCUCGUGGGGAUUUCAGACUUGCAUAAAAGGCGUUCAAGGGGCAUAGCGUAGGCUUUUGGUUUUUGAUUCUGGUUCGAUUCUGUUUUCGUUCCUUUCGGUUCACACGUACAAGAUUGUUCUGUCUUUUCGGCACCGCUAGGGUCUAGGGUUGGGACGAAUUACGUCGUCAUGCCCAAGGUGUUUUUUGGAGGAUUGGUCUAGCUGUGGUUGUCCGCAUCGCUUGUAAUAGUAGAAUGCUAGCAUCUUUCGAAAUGGUU